CGACAAUGUUUUCCCGCACUGUUCGAUUGUGGAUUAAACCUUGACAACAAUGUUGAACACUUAUACGAAAACGGUAUACAAGUAAAUACUGUCCUGAUUUGCGGAGAGUCAAUGAGUGUUACAGCUGCAAAUGUUAGUGCAUGUUUGCAAUUUACAAAGUGAAGGUUUUAGAAGUUUACUUUAAGUACACUUCAAGACUACCAGCAUAAUCAAUAAACAAAGUUUUUGCUUGGUUAUCGUACUUACAUGAGUUAUAGUAGUUGUGUUCUCAAAGACCACUUUACUCUACCACCGGAGGAUUCAAAUGCCAGAUAUAUCAGUGAAUUAACACAUAAUGAACAGUUAUUGAAAGAAACUAAAUUAAAAAAGUUUUUGAUAACAGAACAAAAACGAUCGAAAUUGUAUAGAUCAUUAAUUGCUAGAGUUAAUUCCAGUUGUAUAGAUGACAAAAUGUUAUCUAAUUUACCCGUUGAAUCAGUUCUUACUACUUUGAAUCAAAAUGUAUCGUGUGAUAGCACGAGCAGAACAGAUUCUCAAAAGUGCAGUAAUCAUGGUGAAGUAUUAACCAAUUCAGAAAAGCUUUUCACGCAAUCACCUAGACAAGAAACAAGUUUGUCUAGUCGUACAACAACAACAACAAAUAAUACUACACAUAAUCAUUGUAAAUGUACAGAACAGAGUAUUGAUGAAUUAUCCAGUCGUGCUAAGGCUUUGUCACUUCAUAGUUUCCCCUAUCUCGUGAAAAAUUUAAAACUUAGAACUUCUAGCUUACAUGAGCAUAAAGCUAGACAAAUGAGACAAGCAGUUGGAAGACGUAUUUAUUCAGAUGCUGAACGUAAGAAAGUCUGUGAUCUACGUCGAAAUAAAGAAGAUUUAAUUUUAUCAGAAAACAUUAAAGCUAAAGCUGAAAAACAUUUUCGUAAUGUAAAAUCUAAUCAAACUCUUAAAUCAUCUAAUUAUCUGGAGAGUGAUUCAACACAAAUUAUAUCCACUAAUAGAGAUAAUUUGACAGUAAAUAAUCAUAACAACUUAAUUAAGGAAAAUGAUACAAAUUUGUUUGAUACCAUGGAUACUAAAGAGAUAAGUUUGAAAAAACCUGAAAGUAAUGAUCAUAAUGACGAAACUCUUUCCUUAUGGUCUCGCUUAUCUAAUCGUCUGAAUAAAAAAAUUCCACCGCUUUGCCUGUGCAUGGAAUAUUCUCGCCAUGAUAUUGAAGAAAUCCCACCAUGGCUGAAAUGUGCCAAUAAUUGUAAAUUUUAUCAUAAUCCAGAAGUUUUUCUGAAGGUGUUACUGGAAUAUAUGCAGUCGCUAAACCUUUCAUAAGGUCGAAGAACAAAUCCCCAUCAUAUUAAACAACUACAUUGUGUGAAAUUCGCAACUUUGGGAUCAUAGUUAUCAGAUUAAGGUGGUUGAUUCUACUUGAGUAAAAAAAAUCAUUGACUAGCAA